CUAACAGCUUAAAAACUUUGGCAAAUAGUAAAUGCAUUAAGAUUGUCAACACAUGCCAGGUGAGAGUCUAUAUAUGAGAAGCCAUGCUAUUUACAGCACAUAUCCAUAAUGGACCUGACCAGAGUAAAUGGGUUCUAAUCCAUGAGGAGCUUUGAAGCUAUUAACCUUUUUUUUAUUAUUUAUUUAUUUUUUUUAAUACACAUUUUAAAAUAUUAACAUUUCUUUUUCUACUUCUGUAUAUUCUUUCUUUUGAAUAACAGCAUUCAUAUCACUUCAGUGAACAACUUGGGGCCCUCUAAUACUACAUCACUGAUGUAAAAUAAUACUGCACGGACUCAAAAUAGCUGGUGUGAAUAUCUUAGCACUCCAUCGUCUGAAAGUGAAAUUUAAUACAGUAUUGUGUAUAAUAUAACAUGCUUUCCAAAGUACUGCACAUAAAGCAUUAACCUGUGCAAACUUUAUGUGUUAUAAGCUGUUUAUUAUUGUAAUAACUACAGAAAGAAGUAGCACUGAAAUGUUCCCUGAGAGUUCAUCAUAGUUCAAUAUAGAAUUAGUUAUAAACUGAUAUGUCAUGCAGUACAACUAGAAAAUGUGUAUGAGUUUUGAAGUAUGCAAUCUGCACCUCUAAAAGACCCUAUUAUGGUUGAAAAAUUGGCAAUGGUAAGGCAUGAUCCUUCAUUAUACUCUAUGUCCUCUUCAGAAAUGGCUGUCCAAUGCCUGUGCCAAAAUCUAGGUUAGUUAUUAGUGUUGAAGUGACAGGGACAGCUGAAGACACAGACAGUGAAACAUAGUAUGAGUUGUUCCAGCAAUGUAGUCUGACUCUGUGAUAUGUGGCGGAUCCUCUCUCACUCCACUGGCUUUCAGCACGACUCCUUCAAAAUAUUCGGGACACACAAAAGGAUCUUUACUAUCUCAUACGCACACAGAAGUCUGUUUAGGACCCAGUCCAGCAGACAGACACUUCUAUCAGUUUGUCAAUGGCAGUCUGGACCAAAGAAUGUGCUUUAAACCUCUUCAGAUUUCCUGUCCGCUGCUCAAAGCUGAGAUUCUGCAACCUCUGAAGAGAUUAGAAGCAAUGAAGGUGUUUUGUGUUGUUUAACUGUUUAGGUAGCCAUAAGCCAUAAAACCUUAAGAGCUGAGCUGAGGCACUGUGCUAGGAUGGGAGGAAAGAAAUCGAAGGAACCCACAAGCAAGGACAUGAAACUUGUAGUAAGAAAGAGCAGAGCCUGUGAGGAAAACCUGACAUCAUCCGACAAAAUCCGCAAGCACAUUGUGAUGCAAUUUGGUUACAGGAUGCUGAGCUUGGCUCGACAAGGUAUGAUUGCACCUCCUGAGGAACUAUGGGGGCUCACAGAACUGCAGAAGCUUAAUUUGUCUCUGAACUGCUUAUGUUUCUUGCCUUCCUCUGUGGCUCUCCUUCAGAACCUGGUUGUUCUUAAUUUGUGGGGUAACCAGCUCACCAGUCUGCCCCUUGAGAUUGGGCAACUCAGGAACCUAAAGGUGCUCUUUGCAUACCACAACCAACUGACUGAUGUCCCUGAGGAGCUAGGUUCCUGUACCAAGCUGGAGGUCUUGAGCCUGGCAAACAACCAGCUCACAAGUCUCCCAGAUAGUCUAUCUGCUCUCACGAACCUGCGGAAGCUCAACCUAAGCCACAACAAUAUUGUGUAUAUCCCAGUAUGUGUCUAUGCCAUGAAAAAGCUGGUCUUCUUGCAUGUGGCCCGCAAUAAGCUGGAGAACAUUGCGGAGCAUAUCCAAGCGCUGACUGAUCUAAAGAUCCUCAUUGUGGAAGAGAACUGCAUUCACUGUCUGCCAAAGAUGCUCUGCUGUCUGACUAAGUUAGAACUGCUCAAUGUGGAUUAUAAUGACAUUCAGAACGUUCCUGCUGAAAUGCACCAACUGAACAGGCUGGGGAAACUAGCUUCACACCCACUGGAUAAAGGACUCCAUAUCGUGCAUAACCCUCUGCUCAAGCCAAUUAAAGAGGUGUUAGAUGGAGGUCUCCAAGCUCUUUAUAACUACCUCAAGGCCGAAUGAUAUGCUGUGCUGUGAGAGCUUAAAUGUGGACUAUUUGAUUGUUUGGACUAUUUUUCUUUUAGGGCCACUCAAAACUCUUUGCAAAUCCAUAAAUUGCUCAAGUUAGCUAAUGGAGUUUUACACUGCUUUAUUAAGAAAACAAAAAAGACAAUUAUCACUAACAUCUUUAUUAGGAAGACCAAAAUCAAGAAAAUGAAAACGAACACAAAUGUACAAUUAAUAUACUUAAUGCUAUGGUACUAUGCUACUAAUGGUAGAAGCAAAAGAACAUAAACAGAUAACACAAACCUCCCAGCAAAGAGGAGAACAGUAUAUAAGCGCUUACCGGCUUGGUUAUUAAAGUGUAAAAAGAUCCCUCUGAGUAUGUGAAGGUUGCUGAUACUGAAAUCUUUUCAUUCUGCAGUGCCAGGACUUGAGGGCACGUUUAAGGUUCCCAGGAGCAUGUUAAACAAAGGGCACCAGCUUGGCAGUUGUGCUACACAAGCACUGGACUUCUCCUUUUGUGCAGCACUGAGUUCAUUUGGAACUGUCUAUGUACCUGCUGACUCAGUCACGUUGACCCUUGUUGUCCACAAUCUUUUCUUGAAAGCCCCAAGAGAAGAAGAGAUGCAAUUAUAACUGGCCUCUACCAUUUUCUACGAGUGUUGAAUGUGUAUUGGAGUGCAAAGCAGAGACAUUUCAAUUACUACAAAAGAAAGGCCAGUGGUGCAUCCUGUUGAAAAGUACAAGGCCUUUUAUUUGAAGGGCACUGAGCUUAUUUUCCCUAACAUUAUGUACUAUAUAAUUUCAGCAAGAACAAGAAGAAAAUCAGAAUCUUUUCAUAUAACUAGACAUCUAUUGCUGGUACAUCCAAGUAACAUAUAGUGGUUAUACUCAUACGUUAUAAGUGAACGGCUCUUGCCAUAUUUUAUAAAUUAACAUUUUAUUAUGUCAAAUAUAAUAAAGAUGGUGUAUUCAACCAAUCAGUUCAAUGAUUUCUUCAGGGUUAACUAUUUAACCGAUCAUUUUAACUCAGAUAUUUUAGUAAACGUCACAUGUUAUUUACUAAAUGUCCUUAAAGAAUUUGGA